GAUUUCAGUUUGAUUCUUGAUGUUGGAUAGAUCGGUUCUAGAUACGGUUGUUGUUUGAAAUCCAGACAAAAAAUCAACGAACGAAAUAAAGUAUUUGUUAAAAGCAAAGAACAACUUAAAAACUUUAAAAAUUUAAUUAUUUAUAAUAAACAAAAAAGUUAUUAAGUGUUGUUGUUUUAUUACAAAAGAAAUUUAGAAAAACGAAUCUGAACAAAAAAUUUUAACUAAAAUUUAACAAAAAAUAAAAAAAAGGAUACGAUAAUUUACCAAAAUCAAAAGCAACUCUCUGACUAACUUAACAACAAAUGAAAAACAAAUAUUAACAUUUUAAUUUAUUUAUUUUGAACUGAACAAAAAACAAUUGUGAUAUUUUAACAUUUUUAUUUAUUUAUAAAUUUAACAACAACGAAAAAAAACAAACCACAAAAUGAAUGAUUACUGGCAUAUACCCAGAGCAUCACUCUCACCAUCCUCCGCAUCAUCGGCUGUAUCAUCAGCAUCAUCAACACAGCGCAGCAAUCGCUCACAAAAUAAACAAAAAUUAACGCCCACACACUAUAGACAACAGCAACAGCACCACCAGCAACCGCAUAGUGGUGCUGUGUCGGUUAUAGGAGCAGGAGGAGUUGGAGGUAGACGUGAUAGUGAAAUGAGUGCUACAACUAAUGCAGCGGUAACAGCUGCUGCUGCAGCCGCUGUAUUGGCAGCCGCCAAAAGAGGUUCCAGAUCAUCACAGGGUAGCAAUGAUAGUAACAAUAGUACAAGGAGCGCCGCUUCUGGUUCUUUGCUUUUGACAGCAGCGAAUCUAGAACGUAUGGCUGAAAUCCAUAAAAAACAACAACAGCAGCAGCAUCAACAACAACGUACAGUAGCAGCAGCAACAACAGCCUCUUCAACCUACAAUGCAAAUUUGGUUCAAGUCUCUAGAGAUUAUCAAUUGGCAGCCAUACCAACAACAGAUGCUAGAGGAAAACAUUAUCAACAUCAUCAUCAGCAUCAAGAUCAAACACAUCAAACAGAUGCUGUCAUUAAUAUUGAUCCUAAUUUGAAUUUUAUAAAAACCAAAGAUUUAGACACUGUAUCCAUAGCAAGUUCAAUGCAUUUUACUAUGGUCAAUGGUGAGGCUGGAGCAAAUAAGAAAAUUAAAAAAGGUUUAUGCGAUCGUGGCAGACAAGUCACAGUAUUGAUUAUGACAAUGAGUACAAUAUUUUUAUUGCUCAUUAUUGGCAUGGUGUAUGCACUGGAAAUGCGUGCUCGUGAAAUGCCUCAAAGUUAACAAUACUUUUAAGGGUACACAAUAAACAAACAACAACUUUUGAAUCUCUUUCCCCGCGUUGAAAUACAAAAUAAACACAAUUUAAGAGCAAGUCAAUUACAAUUAAAGAGAGAGUGAGUGAGAGAGAGAGAAGAAAUCACAUAAAAAAGAGUAUUUUUAAAUUGAAGAGUUCAUUUUACAGUCAUUGUAAAAAAUUAACGUCUACACAACUUUAAUAAUUCAUUUUAAAACAAAGCUUUUAAAAGCUACAAAAAAAUAGCAACAUUUCCUUAAAAAGGAAAAUCAAGAACAAUUUUAAAACAAAAAAAAAACAAUUGUUAAUUAAUGAAAAUUAGUUUAUAAGAUUAUUUAUUUUAUUUUAUACGAAAAACAUAAAAAAACAUGAAAAUCACAUUCUAUGUCAUCAAAAAGUUAAUACAUUAAAACAACUGCAAAAACAACAACAACAAAUUAAAGUGACAAAAAAACACUUAAUUAAUUUAAUUUAUAUAGUUUAAUUUCUAUUAAUUAAUAACAAACAUAAUUAAUUUUUCCCCCUAAAAAACACAAAAAAUUCAUUAAAAUUAUUACAAGCUGCCCAAAACACACACAAACAACAUACUCACACAUACACUAUCACAAACACACAUACACAUACACCUAACACCUUUAGUUUUAUUAUUUUAUUAACAAUUAUUUUUUUUAUUUUUAUUUUAAUUAAUUACUUAUUUAGUAAACUUCCCCAGAGUCACUUAUAUUUGUUUGUUUAAAACAUA